AGUAUGAGUUGUGCAACUCGUACAUACGAUUACCGUUAGAAUUCCAAGUUGGAUAAAAAUUUCUUUUACUUUACCUCAAUUUAUCCUGACCUUUUAAUCUUAAGCUACCUACCAGUUGAAACUGAUAAAUGGUAACGUAGUUCGCGCACCAUGAAGUGAAGAAAAAUGAAGACUACGCUCGUUUUCAUUAAAAAGCGUUGGUCGACCACAGUUCAAGGCAAGUUGCUUCAGAAUAACGAACAAAGAACGUAUAAGCCUUUGUAGCCUCGAAUAUAUAGGACGUGCAAACAUGAACAUCGUGCAAAGGAGGGACUGCCAGUGCAAGUAGCUACGGUAAUAUCGUACAGGGUUCCUUGGGUAUUGAAGUUUGCUCUCGUACGAGUAUCGUGUUUGCGCUUCCUGUGGUACUCGAGAGCAGAUUAAAAGAGGCGUAAGUGUGGCGCGAAUAUUUGCUUCAAUUUGAUUUAAUAACGCGGAGAUUGACGAUUAUAAAAUUUUCGUGCAUACUGCAUUUGGACAACGAAAGGAAUAAAUUUGACGGGCAUUCUUGAAGCUUUUGGUGAUGGCGGAACAGGAGAAGAAGAAUCAACUGUCAGAAGGUAUAGAGGGUAAACCGAAGCAAACAGAUGCGUCAAGUCCGCAGGAAGUGAGCGACGUGGGGGAAAUUGAUGAGGAUCUGUUGAAAAAAAAAGCCGAGGACGUCAGGAUAGGCGGAAUAGAAGGUGGGGCUACACAUUCAACCCUUAUAGUUGUAGACGGGAGUGGUAAUAAGUUAUCGGAAUUGAAAGGACCUGGCACUAAUCAUUGGCAAUUGGGCAUACCGGAAACCGUCGCUAGAAUCAAUGGGAUGAUAUCACGAAUUAAAACAGAAUUAAAAAUUCCGGAAAAGACGCCACUCGAUUGCGUGGGGCUUAGUUUAAGUGGCUGCGAAGAAAAAGAGACAGAUCGUAUAAUAAAAGAAAGCCUUCUUCGAGAUUAUCCAAAUGCCUCUAAGAAUUAUAUCGUCAGUUCUGAUACAUUAGGAAGUAUGAAGACUGGCUUAGAAAAUGGUGGAAUAGUUCUCAUAGCCGGAACCGGAAGUAACGCACUUCUAAUUAAUCCGGAUGGAAAGACUUACGGAUGUGGAGGAUGGGGUCACGUUAUAGGCGACGAGGGCAGUGCUUACUACAUAGCUCAUCGUGCUUGCAAGUACGUAUUCGAUGACUUGGAUGAUUUGAAGAAGGCACCAUAUCCGAUAACCUACGUUUGGCCGGCACUAAAAAAUUUCUUUCACGUAGCCGACAGACACGCACUGUUGUCGCACCUUUAUUCGAAUUUUGAAAAAGUUAGUUUUGCAAAAUUCGCCAAGGAAAUUGCAACUGGAUGUGAGAAUAAGGAUCCGUUGUGUUUAGAUAUUUUCCGUGAAAACGGUGAAUAUUUGGCAAUGCACGUAAUAGCUCUCGCAAAAAAAGCACAUAAUGACCUGUUACUCUCGCCUGGUGGGUUAAAAGUCAUCUGCGUUGGUUCUGUAUGGAAAUCAUGGAACUUUAUAAAAACAGGAUUUACUGAAGCGAUACAUGCAAGCAAUAUUAUUGACGAAUUGACACUUCACCAUUUGACAACGUCCUCAGCAAUAGGCGCCUGUUAUUUAGCAGCUGACCAUGUCAAAGAGAUAAGAUUGAAGAAGAAUUAUGCGAAUAACAUAGAUUCAUUUUAUCAUUACAAGAGAAACAAUUAUUCUGGUAUUCCUGAUUUCUCAAUACCUGAAAAGAGUGUCGCAAGCUUAUGGGGAGUUUGUAGGGGACCAUGCAAUAAAUCUUAGCACUUAUAUAAUAAUCAAGAGACAGUAAGCGAUAAGACACAGAAACGUCUUGUAAACCCGGAUACCAAUGGUGCAGUCAAUUUUAGUAAAGUCAAGAGGGCGCGUGUAAAAGGUUUAAAGAAUCUUUGGAGCAUCUAAAAAAAAUUCAAGGAACGAAAACACGUGUGGUUUAUAGCAUGUGCACAUCCUGUACAGUUGCUGUGUACAAUAAAAACCUAUAGAAAAAAAAUAUACACAUACCGAAUAUGAGUCUCAUAUGUAUGUACCUAUUGUACAUAAAAAAAGAUCACGUAGCUUUGUACGCAAGAAAUCUGAACAAAUUAAUUAAUUAAAUGUUAAAUGAUGUGAUUAAUAAUGAUAUAUGACAGUAGAAUAAAACGAUAUAUUUUAGUCUG